AUGACAAAUCUAUACCGGCAGACUCGCGUCAGAUUCAAGUUCGAGUUGCAUGGUGCGGUCAACUUGGUCAAGUUGUGGUUCAAAGAUAAAAGUAAAAUGGACAGACCCCGUGUGGCUCCACUCGGCUCGAUUAUGGAACUCACGGUCAAAUUUCCCAACAUAAAUAGGACUGUGAAGCUCACUGGCACCGUUGUCGAAGAUUCUCUAAAGCCAAUAACUGACAUCGUCAUCGAGGAUCCUCUAAACUCAAACGAGCAUACACAUAUGCUCGUCAAGCAGGGGUUUGACACUUUCGAUCCGAAGACGUUUUACGAUGGCCUGGUCAUAAUUGUCGAGGACGAGGUAACCACUAAUCGCUGUUUCAACGCCGUUGAGUGGAUUCCUGAUCCAGAGAAGCUAAAGGGCGUCGACAUUGCGUUACUUGUCGGCUUGCGCAGACCUUCGGCAAAAGACCCCGGUUUCUUCAGGAACAAGUAUCUUUCUGACAAUACAAGGACUAAAACAUUUACGGGUGUUCUCCAUAGAGACGCGUACAAAGUUUUCGAGAAUAAUACGUUAACUAGAGCUCUAAGUGCUACAUUGAAGAGCCCGGCCGGCGUGGUAAUUGAUUUUGGUCCGCCAGGAACUGGGAAGACUAGGACAGGUAUGAUCCGCGUCGAAGCUCUCGCCGAAUGUGGCGAGUUGGUACUGGUCACGGCAUCCACGAAUGCUGCAGUGGAAGCUGCGUUCAGAAAAUUCAAAGAGAUCACCUACUUAGAAAGCAGCACCUAUUGCCUGUUCAAAGGCGACGACCUGGAUAAAAGCGCCAGUCAGUUUCAUGUCUUGCGGAAGCAUGGGCAGACGGACGCACUCAUGGUUGUCGAUGGCUUCCUUGCCAAGUUGGCGACUAUGAUUAAGAAAAUUUCGGAGAGCCCGAGGCAUAAAUACUACAAGGAACUCGCUUCGAUCACCGAUAUAUGUGUUCCGAUGGCAGCGUACUUAGGCUUAAUCGAGGCAAUUGCUCUCUCUGGCGAUCACAUGCAGCUUGAGUCACUAGUUGCUAGUCAAGAGGCCAACGAAGCUUCCGAUUUCCUGAAGUCAACGGUAUUUGAGAAGCUCUUCGUCGAAGGCCCGCCGCCGCCGGGCUAUUUCUAUACGAUGUUCACUAGGUCGCAUCGCAUGCAUAAAGAUAUUGGCACUUGGAUAUCUUCAGAGUUCUACAACAACGCACUGCAGUUCAAAUAUACUGGGGCACCAAUUUUCAGCAUCGUAAAGAGAAUUUUCGCUCCUCUCGCGGAGAACGGCAUUUGGAACGGACGCAGACGCAUGGCGAUUGAUGUUUCUAGGGGCAUCGAUGGCGUUCAAGCCCUUUCCAUGACAUACCAGGACACUACCUCUAGAUACAAUACUAGAGAAGCCGAGGCAGUAGUUAUUUUCGCAAGGACUCUGCUCAACUACGAACCCGCGGACGAAGCGCAGACUCCGAAAAUUCAGCCCGGGGACAUGCAGAUUGUCACUCCCUACUCCGCCCAGAUGCGCGAGAUCCAGAAGCAGCUAUACAGUACAGGCUUACCGGACGUGCGUGUCAAGACAACAAGGGGCAUGCAGAGCGACGAGGCCAGAAUCGUCCUGGUGUCACUCGUAUCGAACAACGAAGAUCCGCUAGACGUCGACAUCAUUAAAGAGAAACGUCAACUUAACUCCGCGCUUUCUCGCGCCAGCGACUUUCUUGCAAUCUUCGGCAACUGGAAAACAUGGAUGCAAGCCAAGGCCGAUGAGGAACGUCGCGCUCUUACGAAGACAGGUUGCACGGAUACCGGCGACUUGGCCACGCUGUUCAGUCUCGUAAGCAGCGUAGAGCAGGAGAAGGACAUAAUCAUCAUGGGACACAUCUACAGAUGCAUCAAGGGGAAGUCUAAAGCUUUAUGA